AACUGAAAGGCCUGGAGGAGGCCGAGUAGAUUCAUCCGUCGGACGUUUUCUUGUCAUAAAAGAACAUAAAUGCCAAGCAAGGAAGGAUGCUUGUUCUAAAACGUUGUUUGGUGCGCCAACUGUGCCGCCAUCCAGAUGUCAGCCUUCUCUGCCUACUGGCCGGAAUGUUGUAUAUUUACACCAUUCUUUCCUCCUCUGAGGACCCUAAGUUUCGUGUUCUUCAUCCUCGAUUCAGCAAGGAUCCGGAGAUGGACAAGGCAAUUAGUGGCCUUUCAGAGCUGGCACCGAACAAAUUCGACGAAACCAGGCCCGUUUCACUGAAUACGUUGGAGAGUGAUGUGACCCAGGAGAAGAACGCUGACGACGAUGACAGCAGACCACCAACAGAAACGACUACAAAGCUAAUAUUUCUCAACAACGUAAAUGCCAGAGAAGACACGCUUCAGAUGCAGAGUAAAGUGAGCAAGGAGACUACAGAUGACGUCAUACCCGCGCAAAGUCAGAACGAUGAUGUUAUAACAACUGAGGUGAUAAUUGCAGAGCCAAUAAGGAGUCCUGUGGCGCAGAGUCAGAACGAUGACGUCAAACAAACCGAGGAGACAACUGCAGAGCCAACAAGGAGUCAUGCAGCGCAGAGUCAGAACGAUGACGUCAAACCCGCCGAGGAGACAACUGCAGAGCCAAUAAGGAGUCAUGCAGCGCAGAGUCAGAACGAUGACGUCAAACCAAGUGAGGUGACAACUGCAAAGCCAAUACGAAGUCGUGUGGCGCAGAGUCGAAACGAGGAUGUCAUAACAACCGAGGUGACGAUGACAAAGCCAUCAUUACAAACCAACUUGCAACGUGAAGAAGAAGUCUCGUAUACUCAGGAGAAACAAAUGGAAAUGCCAGGUGGGAACAUGAAAUGCGAAGCGAAUGAAAGUUGCCAUGGUUUUCCGGUUGAAAGUCCCGAACAAGCAAAAAUUAUUUGCAACAAAUACGGUCCCCGUUGCAAGGGCUUCGUUUAUUCCUUGAGAUCUGGUAAAUUCAUCCCAAAAAGCGAGUUGGCGAAUAAAGUGGUGUUUUCCACUGAACAUGACCUCUAUGUAAAGAGUGACUUCGAACAAAGUAGUAAAACUUUGCAACAUGGCAGCUGUGCUUUACCGUUGGAUCAGUUCCAGUCCUUUUCUGAUGGAUGCCACUUGCCAAAGCUUGACCCAAAUGACAAAAGUAUAAUAAAGCUUAUCUCUCGACCAAACCCAAUCCAGUGCCCAGGCUUCCAGCUGACACGUUACGAGGGAGGAAUCUUGGAACUCACGGAGGAAACCAGUAGAGUGGACAACAUCUCAGCUCUUAGUUAUCAACCCAUUCUACGCCCUGAUCACAAAGACUGGGGAUUUGAAUCGGGAAAUGUAGUGAGUCUUCAAGCACAUGAACGAAAGUUCCAACUGGGCUUAGAAUUCGUCCGCGUUCAGCUUAGCACUGCAGAUGGCAAGAAACACGUAGAAUACCACGCCCAAGUCGUACCCAGAUCCUUGGAACAUGUUAUCAGCAAAGUAGGCCUUCCACUGAGUGUCGUAAUCAUAGGUUUUGAUUCAUUGUCAGCGGCUCACUUCCAAAGAGCUCUACCUGAGGCAUAUAAGUUUAUGUCUGAGGAGCUGAACUCCUUGUUUUUCAAAGGUUACUCGAUCGUCGGUGAUGGAACUACGCCUGCGCUAACAGCACUAAUGACAGGUAAAUUUGAAUCAGAGCUUCCUGAAGCCCGAAGGCAGCUCCCGGAUACUGCAUCUCUAGACCGCUGGCCGCAUAUAUUUAAGGACUUCAAAGAAAAGGGUUACGCAACAUUGUUUAGUGAGGAUUGUCCGGCGUACGGGGCAUUUAACUAUCGACUUCAUGGCUUCACAGAGCCCCCUACCGAUCAUUUCUCACGUUUCUUUUGGGAAGCAGCCCACGUGACAUCGGCGCAUUGUAUUCACAGUAAAAAACAGCACAGGAUUCAUUUUGAUUACCUGAGGUCCUUCUUUAAGGCCUACAGAGAGCGACCCAAGUUUGGUUUGUUUUUCCUCACAGACAUUUCACACAAUAAUUUGAAAUCUAUUUAUCACUGCGCUGAUGAUUUCUCGGCCUUGCUGAGGGAUUUAUCUGAAGGGAAUUUUUUAAACGACACUUUGCUGGUUGUGAUGUCAGAUCAUGGCUUUCGAUAUGGCGACACAAGGGCUACAUUUCAAGGCAAGCUGGAAGAACGCCUUCCUAUUAUGUCUUUGACAUUUCCACGUUGGUUUCUCCAGCAGUAUCCAGAACUGAUCCACAACUUGAAAGAAAACAGUGACAUAGUAACGUCACCUUUCGAUUUAUAUGCCACCUUUAAACACAUUCUUAGCUAUCCCCAGGCGCCCGCUAAUUUAACAAGAGGAAAGAGUUUGCUCACCACUAUUGAUCGGUCACGUGACUGCAAAAGAGCUGGAGUUGCCGAACAUUACUGCCCAUGUAUUCAGUGGAAAGAAAUCGACACGAGUGUAAUGCACGUGCAACGUGCAGCUCAGGCGGUCGUUGAUCACGUGAACAACUUAACGGCGUCUGACCCUUUGAGUUUAAGCCUGUGUUCGCGUCUGGAGAUAGAGAAAGUUUUAUCAGCCUAUCAAAAACUACCAAAUAUUAAAAUCGCCCAAUUCCUGGGCUCUUACGACGUGCACGGUAGAAAGCCAAUGUUCUCAAGAGGAGAUGUCACAGUUAGUGAAUGCUUAUAUCAGGUACAGAUACAGACUGUCCCAGGGAACGGGUUAUACGAAGCAUCUGUGAAUGCACUGGACGGUGAAUACCGAGUUACUGGCGAUGUAAGUAGGAUUAACUUGUAUGGCGAACAGCCAAGGUGCAUUCUUGAAAAGAGACCAGAUUUACGAAAGUUUUGCCUGUGCAAGGACUACGACGGACAGUAAAUAAUAAUUAAGAGCUUCUUG